AUGACCCAUGAACCAGCCUGCACAGAACAUUACGUCGAAGAGGAGGUCUAUCAUGAGGAUUGUUAUGUGACCACUACGGCCAAACCUAGCUGUGAGCAUUACGUCGAAGAGGAGGUACACCAUGAGUAUUGCGAAGUUCCCUUGUGCAAGAAGUGUUCCACAAGGACAACGACCUGUAAACCAAGUUGUGUGGUGCACUAUGACGAAGAGGAGGCCCAUCAUGAUGAUUGUUAUGUGACCACUACGGCCAAACCUAGCUGUGAGCAUUACGUCGAAGAGGAGGUACACCAUGAGUAUUGCGAAGUUCCCUUGUGCAAGAAGUGUGUCACAAGGACAACGACCUGUAAACCAAGUUGUGUGGUGGACUAUGAUUGUUAUGUGACCACUACAGCCAAACCUAGCUGUGAACAUACCUUUGAGGAGGAGCAAUGCCCUCAUGGAUACUUCUGGAAUGGAUAUUUCUGUGCUGAAGAAUGCAACUAUACCACCCGUAUGCCUUCGUGCUACUAA